AUGUUCGCCCGUGAAAGUGAUGCGGUAUCUCCGCGAUUAGGGAAUACAAAUCUCGUAUCUAACGAAAGGACGUUGAACAGUUUGUAUGCGUUAGUUUGUGACUCGGUAUUAGGAAUCGGUUGUUCCGAGGACGGUAAGGUUAGUUUAAAGGUGUGUAAUAUUCACGUGUGUCGGAGUAGCGUGGCGAAGCGAUUGUUGGUCUCGUCGCAGUGCACGAGCAAAACUACGCAAAAGCCUGACACGGCAACACGAAGUAAUAAAAUUUUGUCGAAAGUACAUAUCAAAAUCAGUAAGAUUAGGAAUAAUAUUGAGGAGAAGGCCGAAAAUAACGUUAAUAGUGGUGGCGGCGACAGCGACAGUGACGGCAACGACAGCGGUGGCGCAAGGUGUGAGGACGAGGUGAAUGCACGGCGGCCGCGGUGUGUGCCAGUGGUGUGCGCGCUCGUCGCUCGUGGAAACCCGCCAAAACCCGCGGCCGCGAACAACCACCAGCAAGAGCAGCAGCAAUAGCAACAACAACAGCAGUAGAAGGAAAAGGAGAAGGAGAAGGAGAAGGAGGAGGAGGAGGAGGAGAAGGUGGAACAGCAUUAGUAGUAGUAGUAGUAGUGGUAGCAGCAGCAGCAGCAGCAGCAGCAGCAGCGGCGGCAGCAGCAGCAGCAGCAGCAGCAGCAGCAACGGUGGCAGAAGCAGCAGUAGCGCGCGACGUUGUGCUGUUUUGACAACUUUCCGCCGCGUCGGGGCGUCGCGCCGUUUUUCUCGCGGCGGCGGCGGCAACGGCAGAAACAACGACAACAGCUUGUUUUAAGAAGGUUGCUCGUGACGGCGGUAACGGCGGCGACGCUGCUGACCCCCCAGCCCAUACAACGACGACGACGGCGGUGGCAACGACGACGGUGGUGGCGGCGGCUGCGUUCUGUUAUUAUUUUGCCGCGGUGCUUUUGACCCUUCGAACCGGGCGAGUUCAUUGCAGUGCUUCCGCGGGGGUGUUAGCCAGUUUUAUUACUCCGGCCUUCUCCGUCCGCAGCAGCAGCGCCGACGGCGCCAGAACACGAUAUGGUAUAUGCAGCAUGUCUACUAGUGUACGUACUCGAUCGCACCAAUAAUCAGACACGUUGAAGCGCCUAUUCACAGGGCGAAAAGUCGCCGACAAGCUCUGAACACUGACCCCGGUGUACAAUUCGAACGAGUCAAUUGAAAAGGACUGUAUCAGUGACGUUGCAACUGAGAAAGGACGCGACGAACCACGUGAUAUACCUGUCGUUGGACCGCGUCAUGCAAAGCAUGCUCGACUCCCCGAUGGCCAUAACCUGAAUUCAGCCGAUUUGACCCGAUUAAACCCGAUUCAAUGUAUUCGUACAUGAACGAUCAAGCGAAUGAACGAAUGACAGAAAACAAACGGUAGCCAUUGACAUUUUUCGUCUUUCCUCGUGCUUGCGCGUUUUAUUACGCGGUGUUCUAUUACUCGAUCCAGAACGCGUUAUUCUUUUUUCAGUCGAACCGUGAAUCCGUUCGAUCAUGUGCCACGAGUGUACAGUGCCUCGAUGGUACUCGUCUAACAAAAAGUAAAUCAAAAAUUUCAACGGAAAGAGGGUCAGCCUGCUAAACUCGUAACAGGUGACUAGGUGGACAAAUGGACGGAUUAAUUGUGAUACCCGUGAUAUUUCUCGUUCUUUCGGUGUUCUCCUACGCCGGUGAUAACUUGAAAUAAUUGUGCUGUGGUGUAUUGUGCACGUAGUGUCAUUGGUACAGUGUUAACCGUUACGUGUAAUUGUUGAAGGUGGUGGCGUGGGAGUCCGACAUUUUAACCGCUCGUAUUCACGAAAAGAUACAAGUGUCCACGUGUGAAAUACGGUCGGUACUUCAGGGGCGUGGGAAUCAUACGUCGAGCUUACAUUUACGAAGGUUCUUCAGUGCUGUUUACAGAUACGAAUUUUAUCACACGCAGUUAAUAUUUGAUUUCAUGCUCACGAUUUGUUUAUUUUUCCAUUAUCGCGGCCACACUGUUGAUUACCAAAUGAAAAGGUGUCAAGCACGGCCUUUAGAAUGAAGGAUUUUAAGCAAGAACAAACGAAGGGAAUUUAGUGAUUUCAUCGACGAGAAGAAACAAAUCGGCAUUUUUCAAAGACAAUACGAAUAUUGACAGUUCAACGACAUUGUUCAACACUUCUACACUCGUGCUUUGUACUUUUUCGCAAGUGUUUGACAGUACUCGGCCAAGUGCGUGACAAUGAAAAAUACCUGACACCAGCAUCGAGAAUCAUGGACGUUGACAGUGAAAUCGAAUGAGAGAUCUUUCUCCGAAGGGGAAUUUCCAAAGCAAGAAGAAAAGUGAACUCUCGUAGCGAUAGAAAGAAAGGGGGAAACAGUGAAUCGGCGACGCAGUCGGCAAGAGCGAGUAAAGUUGGUUGAAAGGACGGAAAGAAAGUUACAAACGAAAGGAAUUGGAGGAGAAGGGAGUAGCCAAAAGCGUGUGUACGCAUUCGUGGAUCGCGUAAUAAAAAGGGAGAGAGAGAGAGAGUGAAAAAGAAAAAGACUCAGUGUGUUUGUAAAUAAGAGUUAUUUUUCGUAUGAGAGAAAAGGAGAUACAUCUACGUCGAAACGAGGGGAAACGAGCAAGAAGACGUUUAGAAGUCCUUGAACGUAAGAAGGUUCCGUGGACUUUCUCUCUCUCUCUCUCUCUCUCUCUCUCUCUCUUACAAGGAUAUACGAAAAAAGUUAGAACAUUAGCGACUAAAGGAACGAACGGAAGGAAGGAAGAAAAUGAAGAAGGAAGAGAUACAGUAUUACGAUUAAUGAGUCUUGUUUUUAUGUUCUUUGUACGAAAUCGAUUGUGUUUUUUCCGCUUCUAAGCUGAAAUUCGAAAGGGACUGAAAAGUUUUCGCGAAAAAAGCGCGCACGCGCGCGUGCGAGAGAGAGAGAGAGAGAGAACGCGCAAACGGGAGUAAUAUAAAAAAAAAAAAAGGAGAGAAGGAAAGAAGUAGAAAGAGAAUUGACGAAAGAAGCUGAAGAAACGAGCGUGUAGUGAUUAAGAAAAGAAAGGGAAAAGAAAGAGACCGUGAAAAAGAACACCUGGGAAAGCAGAGUUCAAGAGAAAAGAAAGGAAGAAGAGGAAAAAAGAAGCGUGUGCGGCGAAGAAGGGAAAGAAGGAAAGAGAGAGGGUGCGCGCUGUGAAGCGGUAUUGAGAGGGAGGGCUGGCGUGCCCCAUGUUGUGAGCGUCUGAAGACUGCCGGGGGCAGAAGUGAAAGGGUGGUAGGGGGGGGGGAAGGGUAAGGGUGCCGCUGGUAUGGAGUAUGGAAGCGGCGGGGGUGGAGGCGGUGGAGGCCGUGGGGGUGUCCAACCACCCUCCGCAGCGGCGAGGGGUAUGGCGGGGACAGAUACUACCGAUGCUGCGUGGCACAAACACGAACAAAUGAUCCUUAUGGAAUCCAGGCAUAAGCAACAAUUAAGCGGGAGGGCGGGAACGGGCGGAGGCGGGGGUGGCGGUGGUGGAGCACCCCUUUAUGGUCGUCUAGUAGCUGAGGAGCCCUUACCCCCCACGGUAUGCGGGGGGACUGGUGUCGGUGGCGGGGCCGGUGGGGUUCCUCAAGAAACUCCUGCGGAUAUUCACGCCAUGCAAGCCAGGAUACCCCAUAGGUUUCGUGAUCCAGCCACAGCACCCCUUAGGAAACUCAGUGUCGAUCUCAUCAAAACUUACAAGCACAUCAAUGAGGUUUAUUACGCUAAGAAAAAAAGAAGGGCGCAACAAAUGCAAGGCGAAGAUGGUUCCCACAAAAAGGAAAGAAAAUUGUACAACGAUGGUUGGGAUGACGAUAAUCAUGAUUAUAUUAUCAAGAAUGGGGAAAAGUUCCUCGAUCGUUAUGAGAUCGAUUCGUUAAUAGGUAAAGGCAGUUUUGGCCAAGUAGUAAAAGCGUAUGAUCACGAAGAACAAACGCAAGUGGCAAUAAAAAUUAUCAAGAACAAAAAACCUUUUCUAAAUCAAGCGCAAAUCGAAGUGAGGCUAUUAGAAAUGAUGAAUAGGGCGGAUACCGAGAACAAAUAUUAUAUAGUUAAGCUAAAGAGGCAUUUUAUGUGGCGAAAUCACUUAUGUCUGGUAUUCGAACUGUUAUCAUAUAAUCUGUAUGAUCUACUUAGAAAUACGAAUUUUCGAGGAGUGUCGUUGAACUUAACAAGGAAGUUUGCACAGCAACUGUGUACUGCCCUUAUGUUCCUGUCUACACCGGAAUUGAACAUCAUUCACUGUGAUCUGAAACCUGAAAACAUACUUUUGUGCAAUCCCAAACGAAGUGCGAUAAAAAUAGUGGACUUUGGUAGUUCGUGUCAACUUGGACAGAGAAUAUACCAGUAUAUUCAAUCCAGGUUUUAUCGAUCUCCCGAAGUCCUAUUAGGAAUACCAUACGACCUUGCGAUAGACAUGUGGAGCCUAGGAUGUAUUUUAGUUGAAAUGCAUACGGGAGAACCUCUGUUCAGUGGGGCCAAUGAGGGCGAUCAAAUGAAUAAAAUCGUAGAAGUACUAGGAAUGCCGCCGAAACAUAUAUUGGACCAAGCGCAUAAAGCGCGGAAAUACUUUGACAAAGUCCCCACGGAUGGCUCGUAUGUGCUGAAAAAAUGUAAGGAUGGUAAAAAGUACAAGCCUCCUGGCACUAGACGCUUGCACGAUAUCUUAGGCGUCGAAAGUGGAGGCCCUGGUGGUAGAAGGUUAGGUGAACCUGGUCAUUCAAUUUCUGAUUACCUCAAAUUCAAAGACUUGAUUCUGCGAAUGCUGGACUUUGAUCCAAAAACAAGGGUGACACCGUAUUAUGCACUUCAGCACAAUUUCUUUAAGCGAACAGCCGAUGAGGGGACCAACACAAAUAUUGCUGCUGCCAACAGUGCUAACACGAGCCCGGCAGUGGUAUCGAUGAGCCAGGAUCAUGGACUGGUAACCAUGUCAGGACAGGGAAGCAGUAACAGUGGCAAUCCGAUGCAAGGAUCGAGUCUCCCUGGUGGCUACCAACCGAUGGAGUGUGAAUCCUCGCCCCUACAUUUGGGUAAUCGGCGUGUCGUAACAACAAGCUAUCCGUCAACUUCUGCCACUGGGGUGUCUGCAUCCGGGCCAAUGUCCAUGCAGUCUGUAGACAGCUCCCUGAUACAAAGCUCUCUUGGAUCGUAUAAUAGCCUAAUUAUCCCUGGUAUACCCCAUCUGCCUGCGAUGAUGACCUCACCAAUGAUUCAACAGCAGAACUUCUACAAUUACGGUUAUCCGACGACUGAUGCGCACGGAAUAGUCAGACAACCGUCGACAGUGUCAACUGGUAAACAGAGAGACCCGGAAAGGGAAGACAGUCCUAUGGUCGGAGUAUGCGUCCAGCAGAGUCCAGUUGCUAUCCACUGAACGAAAAGAGCGAAUGAAACUACGACGGUCGAUGAUAUGUACUGUCGCCGCAAUCGCGAUACCGUCAAAAUAUAUUAGGUGAUUAUACAUACUGUAUAUACAAUGUUCACGACGAUAACGCAGAAAAAAAAAAAAUAAGAAAAACUUAUCGUACUGUUUAUGAAACAAAAAAGGAGGGCAGUGAGAACGGGUAGCAGGAACUUGGAAGGUCCUUCCCCGUUGCGUUGCUUUGCAUUUCGUCGUUCUGUCGGCUGCGAAAGAUCAUUUCGAAGUAAUAACGUUGCCAGUAACGGGCACUGCCACGUACAAGUGUCGGGACAAACUAUUGACAUUAUUAAAAGUAUACUGCUUCGAUUUAAAACGGAAACGGAUUAAAAAAAAAAAGGCAGAUAUUAAUGAAAUAAUACACGUCGUGCGAGAAGUUCUUCUUCGUUCAUUCAUAAAAGAGAAAAAAAAAAGAGAAAAAAAUAAUUAUAAAAUAUUACGAGUCAGCUUCUAAAGAAAAAAAAAAAAAAAAACAGAAAAAAAGAAAAAAAAAAGAGCGAGCAAAAAUGAAUUCGAAGGAGUUAUUACGAAGGAAUGCAAAGGAAGACACGAGGGAAGUCUCCUCUUUUCCGUUAGUUUUUCUUUCUCUUCUUAGUUUUUUGUUUGUCUAUCUUAAGAAGCCGACUGGUCUUACAUUGGGCACGGAUACGCCGCGUCCGUCACAGAAGCUUAUGAUACUUUGCUUAUGAGCACGGACGGACAAUUAUGGUCUAGUGAGGAUGAACCCAGCUGGCCUCUCGGGUCCUGCCCGAUUCUGCAAACACUCCAAAUGCUUUAGUCGCGUGCAACGUCGUUAACAAAUUUUGGCACCCAAAACUGUGUGGCCUAGAGAGCAAAAACGUGAUAAUUACUAUUAUAAAAUGCAUAAAACAGGAGGAAAAGUAAGAAUUACCAGUGUAAGCAUAUACUCCAAUAGAGUUUUAUACACAAUGUCACAAAUGUAAACGGUUUAGCAAGUAAUUGCUAGCAAACAGUCGCGUCAAAUGCUAGUUAUUUGUACAAUAUACAUAGGUAAAUGAUAAGAGUGCAGCUUUAGGUUUUAGCUUUUAAGUGUGAGAAGAGGACACUGACAUUGUAAACUCUACUCUUUUAUUUACUUUGAUGAAUAGAGAAGAGGACGUUGCAAACGUCAGUUUGUUACUGAUAAAAGGACUUGAAACAAACGAGGUUUGCAUGAUUUAACAACAAUACAUAUUUAUACAGAAAAAAAAGCAGUAAUAAGAAAGUUAAAAAGCAGUAUACACGUAAGAUCGAUCAAGAAUGAUAUAAUCAUACAAAAACCUAGAUACUUUAUAAUAAACGAUACGCGCGUACUCAUAUGCAUAUGUUUCCAAUGGCAGUCGUAAUUGAUUUUUGCCGUUUCACUUUAAUAAUUGUAGCGCUAUUUAUUAUUAUAUUGUUACAUCUUCGACAUAAGUUCGUAAUCGUUUUCUGGCAUUUCAAUUAUCCUUUUCCAAAUUCUGUCCAUUAUACUGGUAUCACUGUUUUAAAAUGUAUUUUUUUGCGUUUUUUUUUCUUUUUUCUUUUUGUCUUUCUAUUCGGUUACGAAAUACAAGUGACUUGAAACGUACGUAUUAUUGCCAGAAUGCGAAACAUUAAAUACAAAUAAAUUGUGUCAAUAGCGAUAAGAUAGUAUAAAACGAGACACGACGAGCGAUCUAAAUUUUCGAUACUUGUUAAAAAAAAACAUAUACUGCAACAAAUAAUAAUCCUUUCAAGAUAUUUUAUAUAUUUCUAUUUUUUUUUCUUUCUUUUUGUGACGCAUGCAUUGAGACAAGCUGAUGUUUUAAAAUUAUUUUAUAGUUUAUUGACGAUUUUGUAUUAUUUUAUAUGAAACGAAAUAUUAACGAUAUAGAUUCGAAUACUACUUAAACAUUUUACUAUAUGCAGUAUGUCAGCUUAUUUUCGGCUUACUUCGAAUAUGCGAUAGUAUGAUUUUAGGAUCGGUAACAUUUUUAAUAUUCAACAUGUUGUUACGAUUUAUACCAAAUGUGGAACCGUUAAGAACAUUUUUUCUCGCAUCAGUUUUUCGAUAAGGUUGACGCUAUACACCGCAAGAAAGUCUCAAACUUGUAUUGUAUAAAUUGAUUUGUAUCAAACGUCUUACUUUUUAUUAUACGAAUCAUGAAUGAGAAUGGAAUAUUUGAAUUAUACAAAGAAUUGUUUUUUUUUUUUUUUUUUUAAGUCAACGUCUUAAUAUUUUGCAUUUUUUAUUAUUAGUAAUGCGAAGAUUUGCCAAUAAACUUAUCGACUCACCGAACGCUAUUCGUUUGAAUCUUUAUUCGAUUCUUUGACAAAACGUGUGUUUUGUUAAUAUUUACUUCGUUCUAAUGUGUGAUGAUCAUUGCGUACGAUACUUUAAAUCUAAAAGACAGAAUCUGUUUUUGUUCGAACCAGAAUAAACGAUAAAUCAUAGACGCAAUGGUGUAAAUUCAAUCUAGAGUCAUAAUCACUUAUUAUUACGAAGAUAUUGAAAUUUCUACGGCUCUUAUUAAUUUUAGAGAGUAUGAUAUUGGAGACAUAUAAUUCUUCAAAACGAUGACAAACUGUUCGUUAGACUCGAACAAGGUUUUUUAUGACAAAUUCUGACAUUUCGAUGAUCUCAUCGAACGGCAAAAAUCAGUACGCUCUAUAAAUGUAGAUGAAAUGUGUGACAAACACACGUGCCCUCUUCCGAAUUUACGUUAGUGCACGUUGCGCCCAUUAGUCCGUCGGAAAAAUCGGAAUUUUUCACACCCUUUUCUUAGUUCUAUAUUUUGAUACGGGAAUAUUUGGUUUAGAGCGAGACGCUACGUAGGAGGAUAAUGUUUUUUAAGUCGUACUUUCGUCAAACGAAAGCAAAAAGAUUUUUAAAAAAUCGACUUCUGGGCACAACGCAUCAUUCGAGCAUUUUCUCAUCUGACGAUUGUUUAUAUUAGUAAAAUGAUUUAUUUAUUUACACAUCAGCAAAACGAGAUUGAUUGUAUCGUGUACAAUUUUUAGAAACUUUAAUACAGUUACCACUUAGGGAAACAAACGACGAUCGUCAUAUAAGACUUAAAUUUACAGAAACGUUUUCAAAACACCGAUGGUAGAAAAGAAGGGAAAAUGUUUAAGCACAAUUUCAACGAUUAUUGCAGAAAAGAUCUCGAAAAAUUCUCGGAAGAGCGGCGGUUGAUUAUUGGAAAAACAAAAAAAAAAAAAAAAGAAUGUGUCGGAAAACGAAAGAGAUUGAUAAUAUUUGGUUGGAAAGUGGAAUUUAUAAUUAUACAACAAUAGAUUGAUUUCAAACGCGCCAAUUAAUUUUUCAUAUAAAAACUUUUUACAGAGACUACGUUUCGAAAUAUUUUCAUAUUUCUCCAUUCAUAACGUAUACGUUUCUUAUAGCUUUUGUACCCCGGAAAAAAAAUUUGUUCACUCAACAAUUGUCGCAAAAUGCAGAGUAUUUAUGCCAAUUAGCAAACAACAGAGAUGUAUACAUUUAAAUAGCAUAAGAACCGAUCGCGAUUUGUGUUCCAAAUGAUUACCUUUUCGUGUUCAAAUAUUUUAAUGAAAUACGUAAAUUUGUUGACAAUAUGUCAUAAAAAAAAAAAGUUAUGUGUACUAUUUAUCAUUCGAAAAAUAUAAAAAUUUCGUCAAUUUACGCCAUAAAUCUUAUCGUCGUUUCGUGGUAAAGAAACUUAUAAAAGAUAUUUAAAGUAUAUUAAGAAAUUUACAUCAACGACGUCCCUAUUAUUCUAAAUAGUUGGAAGCAUUCAAAAAUUAUUAGCGAUGAUUAUUUUAUUAUGUAUGUUUCGAUUUAAAUUCUUUGGAACACAUCGUGGCCGGAUUAAAAUAACAUAAGUUUCCUAACGUCAUGUGUAAAAACAUUGUGUUCAGAAAAUAUACUAUAAUACGACUGAUAUAUGCCUGUUAUGCGAUAUGCGAACAUCAUUCGAGAAAGAUUGGUGAAAGAGUCGUCUCCGCAUCUUGUUUGAUGAUCGCAUACGCUGACCGACAUGAAAAUAUAAGGAAUGAAUACAGACAAACAAACUGAAUUAAGAAAAACCGAUUUAUUAAGAUGAAAAUACUUAACAAACCUCCAUACAAGAUGAAAAAAAAGUUGUAUGUACCCUGUAAACAUUUUCAUUAUAUUAUAUUAUAUUAUUAUUGAUACUACUAUUAUUAUUAUUAUUAUUAUUAGCAUUAUUAUUUUUAUUAUUAU